AUGAAUAAUGUUAUUACUAUCCUCAACUUUUGUUUCUUGUUGGAUUGCUUGUUCUUAUUCUCUAUAAGCGAAGCAUGUACUCCUCGAUCGAAUGUAAGCGUGGGAGUAGUUAUCGAUCAGAGUUCUCGAGUCGGAAAAGAGCAAAAGGUAGCCAUUGAAUUGGCUGUCCGAGAUUUUAAUGACCGUUGUCGUCCGAACCUGGUUCUCCACAUCGAAGAUUCACAUGGAAACGCAGCUUCUGCUGCAUUUGAUCUAGCCAGCCACACUAAACUCGACGCCAUUGUUGGUUCAAUAACACUCCAAGAAGCUGCAUUUCUCUCACAAUUCAAAACAUCCACAAAAGACAUCCCAAUCAUUUCCCUUUCACCAUCAUCAACCUCAAUAGUACCCCUACAACAACAAACAUCACCGAAAAAAACCCGAUUCUUCUUCCAAAUCAGCUCUCCAAACUCGUACCGAACGCAAUGCAUCGCUUCGAUCGUCUCCCGUUUCCGAUGGAAAAAAGUGAUACUCAUACACGAGCAAGGCCGAAGCACCGCCUUCUCGGAAGGUUCCGGAAUCUUCAGCCGCCUCUCGGACUCGCUACGGGCCGUCGACUCCUCCAUUGACCACCACUUCCCCUUCCCUCGCCUCUCGUCUAUGUUGGAUCCAAUCGCGUUCGUCGAACGAGAGCUCAAAAGGGUCAAAAGCAAGAAUGUGAAGAUUCUUGUGUUGGGGGAGUCUUCUUUGGAGUUUGCGGUCAUCUUAUUCGAGAAGGCGAAGUUGUUAGGGAUGAUGGAGAAAGGCUACGUUUGGAUUGUAUCGGAUGAGAUUGCGAAUCUUCUUGAUUCUCUUGAUUUAUCGGUUAUGCUCAACUUGCAAGGUGUUAUAGGUUUGAAGUCGGAUUACGAUGACACCAACGAGUACUUUAGAGGAUUCAAAUCGAAAUUUAGAGGGAAAUACGGAUUAGAAUAUCCACCCGAAGAAGAGAAGUCAAACCCGGGGUUAUAUUCUCUUCGUGCUUACGAUGCAAUGCAUACACUCGUUGAGGCCUUCCGGAAGUUUCCAGAAGGAAAGAUCUACGAUCCGAUAGAAUUAUCGGAUAAAAUUUCGUCGAGCGAUUUUCAAGGCCUUAGCGGUGGAAUAAGCUUCGAGAACGGUUUUCUUUCGCAUAAGCCCGUUUUUCGGAUCUUCAAUGUGAUUGGUAGAGGCUAUAGAGAAAUGGCCACUUGGUCGCCGGAUUUUGGUUUCUCGGAGGAAUUGAGUCCGAUUUUCUGGCCGGGUGGUAAGAAAACCGUCCCGACGGGCCGGAGUAUGGGGAGCGAAGAGAACCCUAUGAGGAUAGGUGUGCCUGCAAAUGGUGCAUUCAAGCAGUUUGUGCAUGUGAUUGUUACCACGGAUGAAAAUGGCCGGAAUCAAACUCGAAUUUUUGGAUUUUCGAUCGAUGUUUUUAAAGCUGCAGUGAAGCUACUACCCUACGAUUUCCACUACGUAUUGGUCCCCUAUUACGGUUCGUACGAUGAAAUGGUGGCCGAGGUUCACAACAAGAGCUUGGAUGGAGCGGUGGGAGAUACGGAAAUAAUGGCGGAGCGUUACGCGUACGCCUCGUUUACGCAGCCUUAUAUCGAGUCCGGGCUACAAAUGGUGGUGACCGUAAAACCGGGCCUAAAAGACUCGAAAACCUUACCUCUAAGACCCUUCACCAUGAACAUGUGGCUCAUGCUUGCAGCUAUGAGCAUGUCCACGGGGGCCAUCAUCUGGCUAAGCGAAUACUCGACGGGCAACGACCAAUUCACCAAUGACUCGUUCGUUGGAAUCGUUGGAUCCAUUAUGUGGGGUCUAUAUGUAAUUAGAGCUAACUUCAAGGAAGAAUAA